AUGACGACCCCUCCCCUGGUGUCACCUUUUGGCUCUCAGCCGCCUCCGCAGCAGCAACAGCAGCAGGCCCAGGCAGCUCGAGAUGUCAACACGGCCUCGCUGUGUCGCAUUGGCCAGGAAACGGUCCAAGACAUCGUCCUCAGGACGAUGGAGAUCUUUCAGCUCCUAAGGAACAUGCAGUUGCCUAAUGGAGUCACUUACCAUCCCAACACCCACCAGGACCGUCUGGGAAAACUCCAAGAGCACUUACGAAUGCUCUCUGUGCUUUUCCGCAAGCUGCGCCUCGUCUAUGACAAAUGCAACGAGAACUGUGCAGGUUUGGAUCCAGUUCCACCAGAGCAACUGAUACCCUUUUUAGACGAUGACAGCUCUAAACACGAGGAUCGGACAGGGGGUCAGAGCCGCGCCUCAAGCGAGGAGAGGAGAGAGAUCCUAGAAGUUAACAAGACGCUUUUUGAUUAG